AUGAGCACCUCCACAACAUCCACGGCCGUGGCCACCACCGCGAUCAAGAUAUUGAGUUCAACGAUUCGGAGCACAGGGACUGCAGUCUCCACUGCUACCUCCAAGGCACUGUCCUCUGAAUCGCUGUCCAAGGCAGCUACCACCACGACAGCCAAAGUCGCCAGUGUUGCCAAAGCAGUCUCCUCGAGCACACCGGGGUCACUAAGCUCGACAUCACUGGUCAAGGUGAUCACCACCUCAUCGUCAAAGCUUUCUACCACCCUCGCCACCACGUCCACCCUCACCACCACCUCCACAGGGCCAUCUGCUGCUGCUGCUGCAACCUCAUCCAUCCUCUCCUCCAUGACCAGCGCCGCCAGUGCAGUCGAGACGGUUGAGACUGCCAUUCCCUCUGGCAAGAAGGCCUUUGCUUGGGCGUACAUUCACGCACACCAGUCCCUCACCACCGACCCCACAUAUCGCUAUGCGUACCUGUUCUGGAUCCUCGUUGGCGCCUUGGCCAUUGUCUACGCCAUUGCACACCACUUUCGCCUGUCGGGAGGCUGGCUCGGUGCGUGGUACAACAAGUGGGGUAUGAAACGCGGAACAGUCCGUUACGGUCCCAAAAAAUCCGGGAGGUACUUUGUCCUGCCUUCCAACAGCUACUUGGUGACCAUGGGCGUGUUCGUGUUUAUCAUGCUCAUGCUGUUGCUCGCGGGUCCCGACCACAUCGAGGAGAGCAAGGGUGUGUGGGAGAUGAGGCGGUCGCUCAGUGACCUCAAGCGGUCGUUGGAGGAGGUGGAGAUCAUCAAGCCACUGCACAAGGAACAUGUCGACAAGUCGGUGUGGACCUUGGGGAACCGCUUUGGCUUUAUGGCGUUUGCCGCCAUGCCCCUCAUUGUGGUACUGGCACUCAAGUCCACCCCUUUUGCCCUGUUCACCAUCCCAUGGUUCACCGCGCUGCACUGGGACAAGGUCGGCACAUUUCACCGUGCAGGCGGAUGGUUUGUCUGGUGGAUGGUCACGCUUCACGUCAUCCUGUGGGUCAUCCAGCUGUUCAAGGACCACUACGACAACCGGCCCAUGUUCUUUGCCAUGCUUGUCAUCUACCGCUUCCGUUCGGCAAUUGUCGCCUACGUUGCCAUGACUUUGGCCAUGCUCUUGUCCCUCCGCAAGGUCCGCAACAAGAGUUACGAACUUUUCUACUUUUCGCACGUCAUCCUCAUGUUCAUCAUGCUCGUCUUCGCGCUCCUGCACCAUGCGGUCAUCUGGUACUGGAUCGGUGCGGCACUCAUGCUCUGGGGUGGCGACCGCGUGUUCCGGUGGACGCGAGGGGCGUGGAUCAAUGGCUCGUUUGGUUCCUCGCAGGCAAUCAAGAGCGCCAACCCUCGUCUGGACGCGUACAUGGAGAAGAACGGUGCACCUGUCCCCAGCAUAGUGCCUCCGGGCAUGGCACAUGCCCAGCUCCUGCCGUCCCGUACUGUGCGGUUGUCUAUCCGCACCGCUCGCCCGAUCAAGUGGCAGCCGGGGCAGAGCGUCCUGCUCAACAUCCCCGAUCUGUCGCUCCUCCAGACCCACCCAUUCACCAUCUCCAACAACGACCCGCACGAAAUGGUCCUGGUCAUCAAGGCUCGAAAGGGUCUCACCCGCCAGCUGUAUGACCAUGUGGUGGCCAUGACCAACGCCCAGGUCAACUCCCACGACAAGCGCGGCUCGGUCAUUUUUAGGACUGAGCCCGUCCUGAUGCGUGCCCAGAUUGACGGUCCUCUGGGUUCCGCGGGCCGCGUGCCAUGGACCGACUUUAGCAAUGUGGUCAUCAUGUGUGGUGGUUCUGGGGUGACCUUUGGCCUCGCCAUCUGCGACUACCUGGCCACGGUCAUGAGUUCGCCCCAGUUCAAGGGCAAGACGCGCCGUGUCCGUUUCGUGUGGAUUGUGCGCGAGUACGCCGAGAUCACAUGGGCCGCGUCGGCCAUGUGCCGUUUCGCACACCUCCUCCAGGGAGAGCAGCUGCAAAUUGACAUCUUUGUGACCAACGGCGAAAAGUCGACACGGCCACAGCGAAAGCGUACUCCGGCCACAUCGAUGAUCAGCGUCCAGUCGCCGGCGGACGCAGACGAUUCCGAGUCGUCCGACGACGACGACGACGGCAAGGCGGCCGGUACCAACACCGGAAACAACCUCCGCCCUCCCCGCCCGUCCUACUAUGAGCUACCUGGCCGGGAGCGCAAGGCGUCCACCGACACCGUCUCGUCGGCGUUUAGCGUCACCCCGCGCAGUUCGCAAGAGCGCGUGACGAGCGACAUUGACCCCGAGACCGGCGCCGCGUACAAUGACGAGGCGGCCAUCCGCGGCUUGACAAACUACGGCGACGAGGAGGACGUCGACGACGCCAAGGAGAAGCGCCUCUCGCGCGCGUUCCAGCACGAAGGCAAGGCCCGCCGAGCUCGUUCUCGCAGGGCCGCCAGGGCGGCGAGCAUGCCUGGCGCCGUGCUGCCGCCUGUCCCGCCCAUGCCCGACCCCGCGACCAUGCCCCCACCCCCGUCCCCGCCCAAACUCAUGGUGGACAUCUCUGCAGACCUGGAACGUGACGAACGCCGCCGGUCCCAGAAACCGCACAUGCAGACCGAGGAGUCGCGGUCCAUUGUUGCCACCGACUCGAGUGCGACGUUGCGCGACACGUACGGCCGCCUCACCGGCGAGUCUGGCAUCCCCAUUGUGUCGUACAACGACAACACUUGGGCCGCGUACGAGCGCUACGACCCAUUCGGGGAAACGGGCAAGCUCUCCCCGGGCGCGUCGCUCGAGGACCUCGCGCUGCACUACAAGUCACUGACGUCGCGGACGCACGACAUGGUGCUGCUGGACGACACGCCCGACGGCGCGGGCCACAAGUGCGACCACUGCGGCCGGGCGGCCAGCGACCAGCUGUGGAUCGACGAGGGCGACUAUGCCGCCGCCAAGAUUCUGUCCGAGAACGCGCGAACGGGCCGCCCGCCGCUGGCGAGUAUCCUCGAGGACGAGAUGCGCAGCGCCACGGGCUCGACAAUUGUGGCCACGUGUGGGCCCGUGGGCCUCAACACCACCGUCCGCAACCUCGUCUCGGCCGCCAUUGACCCAGCCAAGAUUCGCAACGGCGACCCCAGGGGUUACGUCACCAUGUACUCUGAGGACUUUGAAAUGUAG